AUGCGCCGGCUGCGCAGUCUUAUUAGACUUUUAAAAAUGAAAGUCAUGAUUUACACAACUUUGGAAACUUCUUCCACUCUUACACAAGGUGGAGAUGAGUGUCAUGUCAAGGAUGAAUAUUUCUUUGUAAUACUCAAAGUGAAAUCAGGGGGUGGCGACAGUGGAUUGGAUGGGUUAGGAGGACCAGGAGUACAACUUGGAAGCCCUGAUAAGAAAAAGCGCAAAGCAAAUACACAGGGUUCAUCGUUUCCUCCUCCAUCUGAAUAUGCUCCACCGCCGAACCCAAGCUCUGACCACCUUGUAGCUGCAAAUCCGUUUGAUGACAACUACAAUACUGUGUCUUAUAAACCACUUCCUUCGGGAAAUCCAUAUUUUAGUAAUCCUGGUUAUCCUGGCUUUGGAGGCUAUAACACUUUCAGAAUGCCGCCUCACAUGCUGCCCAGGGUGUCCUCGCCAUAUGGUGGUUCUUAUGCUCUCAGAAACCAGCCACACCCCCUCCCACAAAACCCCGUGGGAAUGGGUUUUAGCCGACCCCACUCCUUCAGCUUUGGUCCGCAUGAUAACCCAGGUUUUGGGAAUCAACCACCCUAUAGUGGUGGUCAGAUGAAUCAGAAUGUCGGUAUUCCCGGCCAACAUUUCAGACCAAAUCCUGCUGAGAACUUUGGUCAUUCUAGUCAGAUACCUCACCCUGACGUGCCGUCUAACUUUGGUCCUGGAAAUAAUCCAAAUUUCCCAAAUUCUCAGCUAGAUUCAAACCAUUCUUUUGUUCUUCCACCAAACUCUUACAACCAGACAAAAUCAUCAGCACAAAAGCAAGACUUCAGUCAAGGCGCAAGCAAAGCGUCCAGCCAGAACACUGCUGCUCAUCAGCAUCAUCACAGGACAGAGGACAUUGUGAGUCAAGGUAACAGUGACCUAAAAAACGUUACUCGAAACAAUGUGGUAAAUCAGGAUAACAGCCAUUCUAAUAGUGCUGAAAACACUAACGCUGGCCAUUCAAACGGGACUCAGAGCAAGUCCCGCCAGCCUCGAGGUACCACUGAAGGAUGCAACUCUGAAAAAGGCAGCAAAACACCCCUUCAUCCCAGUCGUCAUGGGCACUCAUCCUCUGAACCAGUCUAUCCGUGUGGAAUUUGUACUCAUGAAGUUAACGAUGACCAGGAUGCCAUCUUAUGUGAAGCCUCUUGUCAAAAGUGGUUUCAUCGAAUCUGCACGGGCAUGACCGAGUCGGCCUAUGGCCUUCUCACAGCAGAAGCAUCCGCAGUGUGGGGCUGUGAUACGUGUAUGGCUGACAAAGAUGUCCAAUUAAUGCGCACAAGGGAAACGGCAGCACCCCCUGCACUGAACACAGAUGGCUAACAACAGGCAUUGGUGGUAGUGGCUGAAAUACUUGUUACAAAGGUUUGGUUAAAUACAAAUUGGGUAUGUCAUUUCUGCAGACAAUCAGUUCUGUUUGAUUGCUAGUAUCUUUUUUUUUUUUUCCCCUUAGUCUGUUUUCACUCAAACUUACAUCUCAGUUUUGGUACUCUUAGUUUCAGGUGUGCAAAUGUUCUACUAUUUAAUCAGGAACAGGAAACACAUGAUGUUGUAAAAUGUAACUGAUAUCUGAUGAGAAGGAGGAUGUGCAUGUAAAAUUUUACUGAAGGCAGGAACAUGCCAGUGUGAAUAGUCUCUAUUCACUUGUGCUAGUGUGUUAACUAAAUCUAGCUUUUAGUGCUCAGUUUUGAUGGUACUAUACUUGCAGGUGCUCAUUGCUUUUUAUUUUUGGUGAAUGUCCAUUACAGAUAUUCUUGCUAAUAUUUCUCUGAAGGUAAUGGAGGUCACAUGGAGGAAUGUGCUAUAUUAAUAGGGUUUUUUGUUUGUUUUUAAGGGAUAAAUACAAAGGAUUUCAUCUGUCAAAUAACUGAAUGUUCUUAGAAAAAAAAAGGCAUUAACACUAUUUUUAAAUUUAACUUCAUGUCUAGCAACACAGUGAAGCCUGCUAACUCACACCUUUAUGUUUCCUUGAGAAGGCAAUGAGCUCUUUGACUUCUUAGCAAAUACAAAAUUGCUAAAGACUUUUGCAAGAUCUUGCACUACUUAAAAAUAGUUUAAAAAUAUGUUGGCAUUUAAGCAGAUAGAAGAGAUCAAACUUACGAAGUUCAGUGCUUUAUAUCUAGAGAAUACCAAAACUAGGGUUGCAUAUGUAACCUUAAUUAAUGUGUCUUAAACAUAUGCAUCAGCAUACGGUCUCUGCUUUUUUUGUCAUCGUUCAAUCAUUCACCUCUGCUCCUUUGUCAUUGAAAGUUUUAGUCCCCAGCCUCGAUGCUGCCCAAGAAUUGUGAAUGAAAUAAUGUAGAGAAAGUCCUGCCUGUCUCCUAGGGCAAGACAAGAGCCUGCUCCAAUCCUGAGCUUACACAGUCCAUCUGGCAUGAAGAAGGGUGUGAAGGAAGGGAGUGUGCUUAGCACAGACUGAGCUGCAAGAUAAUUUGGCCAACAAAGUUUUAAAAUUGAAAUCAGCCAGUCUUUCAGUUUUGGGGGAAAACAGGAAAAAUCUAGGAUGAAGAAAAAUACAACUUGCGUUAGGAGGUAAGAGUUUACUGCCUCUCAAGAGUGAAUAUUUGGAAGUUUAGCUUCCUUGCUGAACUUGAAAUCCAACUUAAAAACAUGAAAAGCACUAGAGCUUCAUAUAUGAUUGUAAGAAUUCUCUUCUAAUAUGGGUAAUUUGAUCUUAGUAUUUUUUAAUUUUGUCUUAGUAUGAGUGACUUGAACACUGCAAUUGAAAAUGAGUGUGUGUUUUUUUGUUUUUACUUAAUAAAGGUGGUACUCUGAUAACAGACUCUGCUCAUAAUACUCGCCACUGAUGGGAAUCUUUGAUUGCUGAUCAUUUGAAAUCUAAAUCAUAUGGCAAGCAUUAGUCACAUUCCUUAAUGUGAUCGAAGGUAUUCAGAUCUGUGGUGAUGAGUAAAGUAAGAGCCUGUAUAAAAUACAAAUGUGUAUAUAUAAAGUUACUUUUUACAGUAAAGUUUUCUAAUGAGUGAAAAAUAAGAGCUGCUCACCAUUGUGUUUGAAUUCAGUGGGCUCUACUCUAGUAAUAAACUUUCCUGGGAGAAACAUUUUCUGCUGAUAUGCAUAACCCUGUUAUUUUAAUACUGAGGACUUGUAUAUACCAUCUUUUACCAUGGAAACGUUAAGUGCAGUAUCCCCUUGUAUGUGUCUUACUUUCCUAAUGAGAGGUAAUGUCCAAAGUGGGAAUGAGACAAUUCAUAUCUUGAGGAUUUUUUGUAUGGAAUCGUAAAGAAAGAGGAAUGCAGAUUCAAGGCUUCUGAUUUCAGAACUGUUUGCUUUGUUUAGUACAGAGAUUAAACUUAGUUUUGUUAGGGGUUACAGUGUUAAAUACAUUUAAAAAAAAAAAAUAGUAGUUUUCCUUGUAACUGACUUCAGUUAGAAUUUUCUUUUGGUAUCUAACGUAGAAGGUAAGCCAAACCUUGUUUAGAUAACUUUGUUCCUGUGGGCAAUAACUUUAUUUCUGUUGCAACAAUUUGCACUGUGAAGGUUAUGGAGCUGGUUCUGAACUGCAGCCAUGUAAAUCAAAACAGAAUUUUGUCUCGGUGUUUGGAAAUUCAGCAGAAGAUCUGGUGAUGAUGCCAUUAUCCAAGCAUCUUAUUCGCAGUACUUUGCACCCCUGCUCCCAGUUCCUAAAAUGAGUAGAUGUUUCAGGGCAUUCAUUCUCAGAAGUCCAAUUAAUAUUUUAAGACUUUGGAGCAGACACUGUAUUUAAAAAAAGCUAUGUGUUUGUUAAUCUUUUCAAUCAAUCCUAUGUCACGUUAGGCAAGUGCUUUCUAUGUUAGUUAGCAAGGCAUUAGAAUACAAAUAUAGUGUUCUUAUGAACUUCCAAAAAAAAUGAAUCUAAUUUUAUAAGGCCUAAAUUGUGUAUAUCUGAAAGUUAUUCUAACAAAUUAUUUCAGUUUUUCUAAACUGGUACCCUGUUGGGUUUGUAACCCAGUGAAUUUUCUGCGUAUAUUAACUUGCAAAUUCAAGGCAUUAGUAAAUGCCAAUUUUAAAAUAUCAAAUAAAAUGAAACAAAACCUGUUACAGCACGGAUCAUAGAAACAGAAUAGGAUCUCAAAGUCAUUUAGCCAAUAUGCUUGCCCUGCCAAUACACUCUUGUGUACCUGGAUUCUUUACUUAGAGAAUUACUUUUUUUUUCCUCCCUUCUCUGGGUGUAUUGAUUAGUAGUAGUUCAAGUAUGCACAGGGAAAACAGCUAUCAUGUCUUAGUAGUACAGUAAUAGGAAAAUGUCAGCUGGGUAGAAUUAGAAAUUAGUUAUAGAAAUGUUGGUGGGAGGGAGGGUGGGCUGAUUAGAAUAGGUGAGUUCUUUUGUAAUACUCUACAUGGUACAAGUUGUAUUGAGCUAUCAUGUGAUUCUUUCAUUAUUAGUGAUUUAGACUGCACUGGUGCUGCACACCAAAAUAUUGCAAAGAUUCUGUAAAUCAUAAACCUGGAGAUUUUUGUGGGAAAGGCCUGUGUUGUUUUUAAACUGUUCAUCUGUGCUUGGAAGUGGAGCCUGUACUGCUGAAAUUCCGCCCCCUCUUAUCCCCCAUAUCUUUUUCUCCCUAGGCUCAAUAAACAGCUGUAAACUGGAUUGAACAGCCCUUAAUGCUGCCAAACUGGCUUGCUUUCUUUUUGCUAGAGACCAAUUUUAAAUGAGAAAAUAUGUAAUUUACUUUUAAAAUACUUAUUUUGCUGUAAGUGUCAGGGUAAGUGGUGGUGGUUAGAGGCUGGAAACUGGGUAUUGAAAAUCCUGUUUCUUGCUGUUUUACUGAUCCCUUGCGCAGCUUGAGGCCGGCAGGUUAACUGUUUGUGCCUCAGUCUGUUCUUUCCUAAGACCGGAUUCUUACUUCCAAGGGUCUUUAGAGGUUUAGUUACUACUUGAGAUCUUAAGAUGAAAGAUGCUAAAGAAGUAAAGUGUAAUCUGAUCAAAGUUUGCUCUGUUUAAAACAAAGAUAUAAGUUAGUUACUACAUUUUUGGGCUGCUCAAACAGGAACAUACUUUGUCACUUUGUUUUUCCUUUUCUUGACUAAGCACUAAUUCUGUACACACACUUUCAGGCUUCACUUCAAGCAUGUGAGACUUCUUGGUGAAGUCAGGAGAACUGCAUGCACAAAGCCAAGCACAUUGCAAAGUGUUUGCAGUUCUGGGACCGUGGCCUUUUUUUGUAGAUAUUCUUGGGUAAAAUGCUUUGGUGGUUUGAGAUUUUUGCAAGUUCAGUGGUGUUCAAAGGGAGCACCUCUAACACUUUACUUUCUUCCAACUUAAUACAGAUAACAUACAUCUGCAUAGAAUAGAUCCUUUUCAUUUUAUACACAAACAUUGUCUGCCAGUAAAACUAUCAGUGUAACAUUUUUUUAAAGGAAGUCAUGCUUCUUAUCAUGUUGUAUGUGACUUAAAUGACUGUUUCAUAUUAAAACUAAUCUUUCCUUAUGUACUGCUUAAAUAUACCUGUUUUGGGAUAUCAGUUCAGUACUUUUUAUACAAUCUUGAAUGUGUUCCACAUUGGUGACAUGUAUUUUUGCAACAGCUUUUUUUGUUUUAAUUUUAAAUUAGAACAUGUCUGAAGUAAUACAUGCAUUAGUGCUGUAGUGUGUGGCAAAGUAAAUGUAUGUAAUUCAAAUUGGAAAAAAUGUUUCCAGACUUUGUCCAACAUUAACCCUGUGGCCAGGGAUUAAAUUACUAUGUAAUACAGAUUAUUUCAUAUCAUGAUGUGUUUUUAAGCUACUCUAUGAAGUAUAUGAAACAUUAUUGUUUAUGGAUUGGUAGCUGGCCUGAUAUCUUGCGUAGAACGAGGUAUGAUGGAUGGUAGCGAUUCAUGAUAAUUAAAACUGAAUACCUUUCAGAACAUGCAGCAUUUAUAUGCAUUGUCAUCCUGUUGCCAUAACAUUAGUAUGAGUUUUUAAAUAUUAAUCCAUUGACAACUGAGUGAACAUUUGGUAUUAUGUUUUUAAAAAAAUGUAAUUUUUUAGCUAUUGGAUGUGAAGAGAUAUGUGCAGGAGGAUGUAGAACUCGAUGUAUUUUUUAAAUUAUUCUGCAGUUGCUUUGUUUUGUCUGAAGCUUUCUAUAUUAGAAUAGACUCUUCCUGAAGUUUGGAAAAUUAAGUGUACUUAGCAGAGAUCUUAAGGCAAUAUAGCUUUGCUAGACUACAUCCCGAGUUAUGCAUAUUUGCUUCUUUGUGUGGAACUCCUAUCAUCUCUUGUUGGCUUAUGCUUUACAUAGAAAUAAGGAGCUCCUUUGUACCCUGGUGUUGUGCAUUAUCAGUUUUAAGUUAUCUAAUUGUGAAUGUCCAGCCCUUUUCGGGUGCUGCCGGUAGCUUAAAGAGUAUUCACUGUGGCCCCUAGUUUAUUGGUUGAAAAACAGCUUAUACCAAGAUGGUAGGGAAUACCUGUGUUUUAUUGUUUAAUGUUCAGGAUGGCUUUCCUUUUUGUUUUUAAACAAACUGUCUCUCCCGGUAUGAUUUCUGAUUCAACCUCAUCUUUUUCCUUGGAGUUUGUGCACUGUACUUCGGUAAUUGCUAUAUUGGAGACAAUUUGGUGACUGGGGUCACAGGAGACGUUGUGUCUAAUCCUAGACACUAAUCUCAUCAGCUCUUACUUGUAUGUUUAACAAAGAACAGACUCAGUUUGAACUUUCAUAUAAUUUAGGGAGGGCAAACUUUUUAAUAUAUUUGUUCUUUAAUAUUUUUGCCUUUCAUUUUUUUUCCUGAAAUGUAAAAUAAUGUAUAGUUGCUGAGGGAUUUUUACUUUAUAGCCAAUCUCUCCACCAAGCUUUUGUACGUGGCCUUUAGAACAAACGCUGUAUUGUUUA